CAAUUGGCAUGUAGACAUAAAAUAGAUCAUGCUUCAUCAGUUGAACAUUAUGGUGUAAUGAAUAACAGACCAAAUACUCUAGCACCUAAACAAGAAAAUAAAUUGGACCUAGACUCAGAUAAAGAUAAAGAUUCAGACGAGGACUCAGAUGCGGUAUUAUUAAAAAUUAGUUUUUUUUUAGUAUUGCAUUUUCUUUUAACCUCAGAUAGUGUACAAUUUCUUCAAGAAAUAUCAGGGUUUGCUAUCGAGUUUAUAAUAUUCUGCUGA